UAUAUAGUAACUGUAACCUAUUGUCUGUGGUGUUGCACAGUUGUCUUUAUUGAGGUUGAGUAGCGUUUUUAGCGUUUUGUGAUAAAAAAAAACAACCAAAAUAGGUGAUGGAAACAUAAUUUUACUAAAGAUGAAGUCCGUAGUGGCUUACGUUCGUAGUCUUUUAGGUUGGUGUGACGAAACUCCGCCGAUAAGAACAAGCUUCAAACGAGACAGGGCCGACGAUGACUUAUCGUCCGACGAUGAAACACCGGCCCUCAAGAGACUCAAACAACUGAAAAGGACCAGCUUCCCAGACAUCAUGUCCGCAAAUGAUGAAUGGAGCAAAGAUGAGAGACAAAGCAAAAAUGUGAGAUAUGUGCCAAUACAAAUUGAGGGUCAUGCAAGCACUUCCACACCUAAUGAGUCUCUUAACAAGAGCCGCGUCAGAACUGUGCCAAUCAAAUUGGUCGGGCUGACAGAAAAUGGACCGGCUACACCCUUGAGGAAGCCUAGGAAGCACACACCGGUCAGACCUGUCAUACAUGAUAUUCAUGCAGUCUUACAUGAUGAAAAUGAUGAACAAGAAGUAACAUGGUUGGAAUCUAAACCAGAAAAUACAUCAAAAAAGCCAACUCCAGUAUACAUUGAUUUGGAUGAUGAUGACGAAAAUGACCACAAUCAUCAAGAAGAUGAUGUAAUCUUUGUAAAGAGGGUUACCACUCCACCCCCUACUAGACCUUACAAAUACUUUCUUGCCAAAAGUGGCCAGGAUGUCACAGAUAGAGCUGAAGAGGAACCCAAAUAUUAUAAGUUAAGCCGAAAACCUCAUGACCGAAGCAUGCUGAAUUUGUCUCCCAGAACAUAUAGCAAAUUCAAAGCCCCUCCUGGCAUCACCAAAUCAUAUAGAAAAGCUCCCACCCCCCUUCCUCGGUGGUUGCAAACUGCAAAGCCUACUACAUCGAAUCUCUCCUCAUUUGCAAGAAAUAGAUUUUUAAAUGGAAAUGCUAGGUCUACACUCUCAGAAGUGUUUAAUUUAGAUGAAAAGAGAAACUAUCAGGAACUUAUUCGGCGGGUUCAAACUUCUAUUAAACCAUUGUCAGUGAAUAGAUCUCUUGAUAUAGUCAAUCUAGCAGAAGAUGCUGCAUCAUUCCGUCGUACACAGAGGACACAGAAGAAUGCUUUAAAUGAAAUUAAAUUAGUAGAAAAAGGAUUGGUUGCCAGUAGAGACAGUGAUGCAUCAAAGGAGUAUGAUCCUAUUACAGUAGCAUCCAUAAACUCAUCAGAUUCAGAAGUAGAGAUAGUUCCAUCAGAGUCAUCCACUACAUCUUCACAGAAGAUUGAUCCAAUAAACACACUCAAAGACUCAUACAGGGACAAGGCUAUCACUUCCGGGGAUUGGCUGUCAAGAUUAGAUUCAAAAUAUAAGAAGAAGAAACAGGAAACACAAGCCAAGCUCAAAGAUGCACGGCGAGAGUCCGAUAUUAUAUCUAAAGUGAACAAUGAGCAGAAGAUAGCUCAAUUGGAGCAUAAGCUGAAGUAUGAGCUGAGCAUACCUGAGAGCAUCUAUGAGGAGCCACAGCCCACGGUAGAGCUGCCCGCCCUCACCCCUGAACAAGAGAAGUUGGUGAACAGAGCUCUGGGACCGGGCCCUCCUGGACAGCUCCUAGUUGAGAAAUUCAAUUUGAGGAUACACAGGCGGGACCUGCAAACUCUGUCAGGACUAAACUGGCUAAAUGACGAAGUGAUCAACUUCUACAUGAACCUGCUGAUGCAGAGGAGUGAGGAGCAGAAGGACUUGCCUAAAGUGUACGCUACCAACACCUUCUUCUACCCUAAACUCAUGCAGAGUGGACAGGCUGGACUCCGGAGGUGGACGAGAAAGGUGGACAUCUUCGCGCACGACCUGCUGGUGGUGCCGGUGCACCUGGGCGUGCACUGGUGCGUGGCGCUGGUGCACAUGCGCAGCCGCCGCCUGCACUACCUCGACAGCAUGGGCGGCCGCAACCAGCCCUGCCUCGACGCGCUGCUGCAGUACCUGCGCGACGAGCACCAGGACAAGAAGGGGACGCCCUUCGACGAUAGCGGCUGGAAGACUGAGUGUCUUAGAGACAUCCCGCAGCAGAUGAACGGCAGCGACUGCGGCAUGUUCGCGUGCACGUUCGCGGAGUUCUCGUCGCGCGGCGCGGCGUACUCGUUCUCGCAGGCGCACAUGCCGUACCUGCGCCGCAAGGCCGCGCUCGAGAUACUCACCGGCCGCCUGCUGCUCUAGCCGACACCAGCCGUUAGUGAUCUAUUUACUUUCUGUACCCAACAUGCCCGCAGUGCCAGAUUAACCGAACGGGGAAUAUAACAACACCUAAAAAGAAAUCUAUACAAUGUAAGUUAGUAAAUUGGCUCUCACUCAAUCAGCGGAUGGUAUUCCAUUCCUUAAUUCUUGUCGUUGUCGUUGUGCCGUAAACUAAUAAUAGUUGUACCUUUCCUAAUUAAUAGUCAAAAUAUUGUUGAAAAUCCCAGAAAUAUGUACCUAAGUGUAAUGUUCAUCUCUAUUGAAAUAUUCAAACCUGUUAAUUUGACGAAUGGCUUACCAUCCUAUGAUAUCUUUCAAUCAUGUAAUACCAACUAACUAUUACGGUCGUGGCAUGCUAUCCUAAAUUUUUUAUUAUAUGUAUUGUAUAUAGAGUCAGUUUAAUUGUCCGCAUAAAUAUUACAUAUAGAAGUACUGUAAAUAAAAUUUGAACACAACUUAUGUGUUUAAUAGAAUAUUUGCGAGCUGUUAUGUGACAUAACAGAUAAAUUAGUUGACCACGUCACAUCACUAAUCUCAUUCUAGAGUUGCUGAAAUGUUUCAUGUUUUCUUAUGAAUCGUAAUUUUACUAACCAAAAUUGUCCGUCAAAUUAAACAAAUAACUACUAAAUAAAAAAAGUCUUUAAACAACAUCGUAUGCUAGAACACAAAAUAAAUAUAUCACUAACUUAUGGAUUUUAAUACAAAUGGACAUAUUGUCAGUUUUCAAGUCUGAAAUGAUUGUUUAUAUUAUAGGUAUGUGAGAAACUGGUUAUAUUAGAUAUCUGAGUUUAUGUGUAGAAUAUCAUUUCAUCUGUAGAAUGGUCUCGACAUCGUGUUUACGCGUUACUUUCGAAAUUAUUUUAAAUACUACUUUCUCCAUAAUUUUCAUUGCAAUGUAUUUUUAUAUAAAUUGAAAGUGUGAAAUAAAAAGCAUUUUAAACAUGUAAUACAUGAAUCAUCACUUUAUCGCGCCUCAACCCAUUAUAAUUUAAUACUCUUUGAUGCCUAGUAAGUUUCGCGUAAACUCAAUAACAAAUUAAUGCUUAAUGUACAUAAUUUUUCCUUUCAUUCCCAGUUACUAUAAGGUCAGAUGUUGUAUGGAUAACUUAGAACUAUGACUUCGGUUUUGUCUAAACAUUGAUGGCAAAAUUAAUGUAUUUUUUGUUUCUAUUAUUUAUAAAUUCAAUUCCAUUAUCAUAAGGUAUUGUUUGAGUGUGACGAAAUGAGCAAAAAAACAAGUUAAAAUUACAUAUUUCGGUGCACAAACAUCAUUACUCAAUCUCCUAUUUAUAGGGCUCUUCAUUUAUCAACAAAAUAAUGCUUAUGAUCUGACAAGCUUCUUACACUCCAAUAAUACCUAUUGAACAUACAAAAGUACUCACAAAGCAAUCGUAGAUUGCGAUGUAUUCAUCAGUUCACUCUUCAUGUUAAUUUAAUUCCAUGACAAAGAGGCAAAAGCAACCGGAACAAAGUCUAUCUAUUAAAUAAUUUUGUGAUAAUCGCAUGAACGUAAGAUUUCCAUGUUAAGUAUACGACGCAUGCGUGAGGAUGUAUGAGAGAUUAUGUAGAUAAUAAUUAAUGUUAAAAUAAUUAUAAAUGUUGAGUGUGAUGACUAUGAGUGAUUUGAUAAUAAUUUAUAAGAAGUAUUCACCUUGCCGGGUUGUGCUGACGCGUUUUUGGAAAGCAUUUCUCUCGCCCAGUGUGACGUCGUGUUUCGCUAAGAUAAUUCGACAGCGUUGUACAUUUUUCAUUCCUAUAAGCUUUUUCUUCGUAGCUGAUAAAUGCAACUUAAUUUCGUGUUUUUUAUGUUUGCUUAAAUCCCCUAUGGUUCAUUAAUUAAAAUAAUAAAAUUGUUUGUCUUUUUGUCAUGGAAGCAAGUUUUUAGUCCUAGCGUUAAGUAUCUCUCUGUAUUAUAAAAGGAUAGUUAAGAUAAAUAACUUAAUUCAUAUUAUAAUUUAGAUAUUUUGUUUCGCCUGCGAAGGUAAUCCGAAGUUUUCUAAGUGAUGGAAUAAAUAAAAUAAUUUGAAAUCA